UGCAGCUACUUGUAGACGAGUACUUGAAUACAAACAUAUGUACACGUAUGUACGUAUGUUUGAAUGUGUGUAGACAUAUUGGUGGAAUAACACAGCCUUGUGGCAUGCGAAGCUGAAUCUAAGCACCUCCGGCUGCCGCAGAACGUGUGGCGCUUUUUAUUCGGCAUCGUCUGUUCGAGCAAAAAGUAUCUGUCUUCGCGAGAGAUCUUCAUGCGAAUGUUUCAGCAUUAGAUAGCUCACCAGCGCGAGCUUGCGGCGAUUAAUGAAUUUCACAAAAGUACUGAAACUUUCGCGUGUUUAAUUAAUUUUAUAAAUAUUCGGAAUACAAGUGUGAACAGCUCAAUUAUCCAUUGUGGGCUUAAUGAUCGCAUUGCGUGUGAGAAUUGUCAGCGGUUCAGAAGCUGAACGCUUAAAUGCAAGUGUGUUUUGUGUACGCGUGUGUGUGUGAGCUCGUGAGACGUCAAGCCAGUGAAGUGUUUGAUACCGUUUCGGCAAAUUGUUUCAUAAUUAAAAGUGGAUUAUAGAUUGAUGAGCCAUUAGAAAGUGCUUAUUAGUGCGUUUGGAGCUUUAAGAGCGCGUGCAUGUGAAGUUGAAAGUAUAAAUGACUACGAAAUUUGAACUAGUGAGAUGUAAAUAAUAAUAAGUGAGAUUAUUAAUCAAGUCGAAGUAUAUACAAGUUAAAAUUAAAGUAAGAAUUAUUUCGUAUUUAUGGAUAAAUGUUCAACGAAUUAUAUAACUGUUUCUUUAUUCCUGAAGUGCGACACAUAUACUGCUGAUCCGAUCGAAAACUAUUUUAUCCUAAAGACUUGGUAGAUAUAUUUAUCAUGAAUUGACGCCAGUGUUAUAAUAAACAAUAGUUCUGUUCAAAAAUGUAUGUAUAUUCAGAAACAGUUGUGAAUUCAUGAACUAAAACAGAAGUUAAUUCAAUAUAAAGAAAACAUAUGUAGUAAUCGAAGGCAUUAACUAUUCGAAUAAAGGAUAAUAGUGCUAAAUUUGAAAUAGUGAAAAUGCCAAUCGUCGUUCAAAUCUUCAAACAAUUGAUAACAUAAACAACGGCCGAAAUGAAUUUAUUAGCGCCAGCUUUGAACAUAACCACCGAUCUCCCCACCAUCCAUGCAAAUAUAAGCAGCUAUGGCCUCGCCAGCACUUUACUCACAGACAAUUACAAAAACAGCAAUGCGCUAGUUGGCAACGCUUUUGAUGAACAUUUCGCUAACGGUACAGACGUUGGCUUUUACGACGGCUUCGUGAAUAACGGCACCGAAAGUGCUUUCAACGAGUUAAUCGCCAACCUAAGCACAAUCGCAUACGAUUUUGGCAAACAAUUAGUAACCACAGUAAUCGAUGCAAGUACCGAUGCUACAACGCCCGCCGCCAACACAACACCCAUCCCACCGUCAGCGGUGUCGGCAGCGACGUUGCGCUCAGCUAGUGAUGUCAAUAGCAAUAUUGUGGACUACCAUAAUGUGUCAUUAUCGCAGAAUCACUGGUGGCUUAAUGCCACAAAUGCAACUACACAAAUCGCCGUCGAAGAAGGGUCGCGGGCAGGUGGCGAUGUGCUCGAUUUCGCCACAGCUACAGGGAGUGCGAAGGAUGUCAGCACUGAUGCUGAUAGUUGGGUGACAAACACACAGACUGUGUUUAGCGACUUCGACGUCGAAGAAUUAGACCCGUGCCAUCCAAACAAUUCGAAUUUCAACUGCACUCAGACUGAUUUUGUGAAAUUCGUACUCGGACCGCAAACGCUGCCGCUCUACAAGGUGUUGCUGUUCACGAUAAUUUUCAGUGGAAUUUUCAUAACCGGCAUGCUGGGCAACAUACUGGUUUGUGUAGUUAUCAUACGCCAUCCAACAAUGCACACGGCCACCAACUACUACUUAUUCAGCCUGGCAGUCUCGGAUUUAAUUUAUCUGCUCUUUGGUUUGCCCGCGGAAAUAUUCCUUUACUGGCACCAAUAUCCCUACCUAUUCGGACUGCCCUUCUGCAAGAUACGCGCAUUCAUUUCAGAAGCCUCGACGUACGUCUCCGUACUCACAAUCGUCGCUUUCUCCAUGGAGCGCUUCCUCGCCAUUUGCCACCCCCUGCAUCUGACCGCGAUGAGCGGCUUCAAGCGCGCAGUCCGCAUCAUCGCCGCGCUCUGGACAGUCAGCUUGCUAGGCGCCAUUCCGUUCGGACUGCUCACAGAUAUUCAGUACUUGAAUUAUCCCUUAACUGAGGCGACAAUACCGGAGUCCGCGUUCUGCAGCAUGUCUCAUUACCCUGAUGAGUUUCCACUAUUCGAGCUUUCCUUCUGCCUGUUCUUCGUCAUACCGAUGCUGCUGAUAAUCAUCUUGUAUGGAAAGAUGGGCGCACAGAUACGCUUCAGCACGACCCUGCAGCUGGGCGUUCAACAAGGAUCCAUGCAUCGGGAAUCUCGGCAUCAGCAGUCACGCAAAGCUGUAAUACGGAUGUUGGCCGCCGUUGUAGUGACCUUUUUCAUUUGCUGGCUGCCAUUCCACAUGCAACGAUUAUGGUUCCUCUACGCCAAGGAACAAAACAAUUUCCAAGAGAUAAAUGAGUGGAUGUUCUCCAUCGCUGGAUUCACGUACUAUGUGUCGUGCACGAUCAAUCCGAUUCUUUAUAACGUGAUGUCGCACCGGUACAGGGUUGCAUUCAAGGACAUACUGUGGGGCAAGCGGCGAAGCGUAUACUACAACAAUGGCUUUGCGAGGGAUCAGUCCAGCUUUCGAGAGACGAUCGCUUCCAGCUUGGGUGGCGGCAAUAACAGUACAUACGAUCGCGUACAUUCGGUACGUGUGCGUUCCGUGCGUCAUACGAAUAAUUUCAGAGAUCGCAACUCCAUUAAGACAAAAAAUGUACUAUGGACAAAGGAUGGAGACUACACUGUGCCGCUAAAAAAGGAUACGCUGGACUGCAAACUGAAGUAUGGCACGAACGUUGUAGUUGUUGUGGACAAUGGCAGCGUCAAUGGACGGCCCAAAGUGUUCACAGAAAACGAAGCCGAAGCAACACUGAUGAACAAGGAUAACGAGACUUGUAUAUAAAGAAAGCAGAAGGAUGCAACAAAAAAGCGACAAACAAUAAAUAAGCGAUCGAGUGGUUUGAGCUGCACAAGCAUAUGUGGUAGCGCCAGUGUGCUCACAAGACAGCGAGAUUAACCUAAAAACAAAUGGAUUCUAACGAACCAAUGCAUUAGCGUUCUGAACGGGCAUUCGAAAUGAAGAAAUUGUGUACGUAUGUAUAUUUUGUAUAUAUGGCAUUCGGUUUAACGGUAAAAGAUUACAAUUACAGUUGUUCCACUUUUACUGUAUUUAUGGGAUGCAGUUAUUUAGUUUAUGCAAUGAGUGUUGAAAGUAAAAGCACUUUGUACAUAUAAGAUAUUUGAUAAAAGAUAUUGUUAAUAGAUACAGCAACGAAUUUAAGCAAACUACUUAUAGGCGUCUCACCCGCAAAGUAUGCAAUAAGUUUGCUGAUAAGUUAGCAUAGAGUUAUGGUUAUUUGGCAUUUGACAAGGCCUCAGCAGAGUGUAUUUUAUAAAGUCGGUUGGUGUUAAUAAAAAAAUUAAAUUUGCACAUUUAAAGAAAUUUGGAAAUAAUUUUAAUGAAUUUGAACAGUGAAAUAAUUUGCUUUCGUGCCUUUACUUAAAAAAAAUUAUUUGUUCUGCUCAAAGAUCUCUAUAACCCGAACUUUUGUAUUGGCCAUAGCGUUUAGAAAUCGAAUCUCAUUCAAAUUUCCAUCCAUAACUCAAAUUUCCGUAACUGGAAAUUCUCCAUAACUCGAACUCUUGAAUUGGCAAUUGAAGUUAAAUUUCAUAAAAAUCUCCUUCCAUAAAUCGAACUUUUCGACCAGGUCUUAAUACACAAUUUAAAAUUUUACUAUCGAGGCAGAAUUUUAAAACAGUCCCCCUAUAUUGUAUGGCGGCGAACAAAAGAUAUAUUACUCUAAUGGAUUUCAUAAAUCAUGUAACAAAAGCAUGAGAUACAGACGACGAGAGCCAAACAAUAGCCAAGUGCAACAAAUUAAAUUAAAGAAUUUUACAGCUUUUUGAAACAUUUAUGUUAUGUCGUUAACUAACUUCAAUCCAACGUCGAAACAAAAAUUUUAUUUUUUAAUACUUGAAAGCAAAAUCAUAUUUAUCUGAUAUAGCAAUAUUCUGUCUUCUAAUAAAUGGUUCACUUUAGAGUAAUCUCUCAUAUAAAUAAAUUGUUGAUCAAAUUCCAUAUUCUAUAGUUUUUUCACUUUCUCUAAUAUCUAGCGAAAACUUAGUGAAUAUCACUCUCUUUACGUUCUUGUAGUUUGCACAAAUUCUGAUGUUCGGUUCAACCGAUUUCAAACUUUACACCUAUUUUAUAAAAUUCGUAUAAAAAUCCUCUAAUUGCUGUAAAUAAUGCUUUGAAAUUAAGAAAACAGGGACACACGACAAGAAAUAUUAUAAUACGUGCUUUUUGAAAAUCCAAACAAGAUAUUACUGUUAUUAAUGUUAAAUGCAUAAAUAUUUAUUACUCUUACAUCUGAUAUGCACAGCUCGUCUUUGUGAGCUAUACUUAUGAGCGUGUAUGUAAGUUGUUAUGCGGAGGCCCAUUGGAGCUCUAGUUAGCUGAACAACCUGUGCAACUGUUAAUCAGAUUCUAAGAUACGUUCAUAUAAGGUCAUGUUAUUGUUGUAAUAUUGUAGAUUAUUAUAUUGUAUACACUAAUAUAAGAAUUCAUUGCAAAGAAAUGCAUUGGCAUCCUUUAUUUAUACCUACAUGUAUAUACAUAUAUAUUCUCAAGCCAAUAUAAUGAUGGUAUAUGUAAGUAUGUUGAUGAAUUUAUUUCUCUUAUUAAGAAGCUUUAACUUUUGUAAAAGUGUUUGCACAGAUUAGGAAAUCGAAUUUACAACUCUCAGUGUGUUUUAAUAAAUGUGCGUGACUAAACGCUAUCACAUUGCUUAUAUUCACACUAAAGUGCAUAAACUAAAGGCACUGAACAGGUUUCAUUGUAAGCGUAUUUAAGUUUCUUGGGAAACAUUAUCGAUAUUUUGUAUAUAAACCAGAGAAAGGCAAAUUUUGCGGAAUACAGUACGCUUGUUAAGAGUUUAAGAGAUUUCGUCUAUAAAAUGUAAAUAGUACGCUUGUUGUCAACACUCUUCGACCAAAAGCGUUUGGCAACUCUUAGCCAUAUAACUAUGUGUUAUUGAAUACAUUUUAAGCAACAUGAAAUUGUAAAUAAGUUAAUACUAAACUGUAGAUAUCUGGUGAGCACAUUGCAGCAAUGUUAUGCGGUGAAUUUGGAAGGAAUGAAUGUGAAAUGUUGCGUAUACGCAGCGUAUCAAAAUUCGUUCUUCUUAUACAUUUUAAUUGGAGCAGUUGUUGCUAGAAAAUAAAUCUUAUAUUUGUCAAUUUUAAAGAAAUAUGCACACAAUGCAUACAAUGUGUUUAGCCAUGUGUGGCGAUUGAGGUCAUGCCUCAAUGCAAGGAGCGCAUGUUACGUAUACGCCGUGUAUGUUGCAAAGUUACUUAACAAGGCUUAUUCGUGCAAUUAUAUAAAAUAUAUAUAAAAUUAUUAUGUUUUGAAAUAUUGUACAUUCUACUAGUUGAUGAUGCAUUCGUUAAUCAUUAAAAAUUUUGUACUUCUUUGGGAAAAGUACAAGCGAUCUCUUUGAUUUACUACAACGACUAAAAAAAUUUGUUAUAGUGUUAUGGAAAUAUUUUAUUUGUAUUGUACUAAAAUUUAUUAUUACUAUAGUUAUUAUACUGUAUAUUUAUUAUGUAUAUAUAUUUUGUAUUCAUGGCAAUAAAGUCAUAAUAACUUUGUAUUAAGUCGAGAGCAUUUUUGCUCGCGCAACUUAACUGCGUCAGAUAUUUUGCAAUUAAUCGUUACCUACAGCUUGAGGCAACUGUAUGCUACUCGUGAUUGAAUGUGAUUAAAUAUUGUUGUUGAAUUACACAAGUAAAACUAGUAUACGUGUAUACUUAUGACUAGUAGAAAUUUUGAUAAAUUGGAAAAUUGUUGGCAAAAAUCUAAAUAACAAUUAAAUUUAAUAGAUGUGUACAUCCAUUGGACCCAACAGAUUGUGCUGUAAACGAAAAGUAUUACUAUUUUUAAGUAAUUUGAAAUUCACAAAUUUAAUGUAAGAUUGAAAUAUAUAAAACAUUAUAAUUCACAACA